ACAUUUAUACAACUUGUAUUAUAGAUGUAAAUCACACAGGAUAUGUAGUUCUUAUAACGAAGACUUCCAAACUUACUUGGAUUGCAACGGAUAACAAUCAAGUUUAUACGGAAGUGACUGUAAGAAGGUUUUGACAGAGCAUUUGUCAUAAUGGAUUUCCUGGUGCUGACAGCUUUUUAUGUGGCUGUGUUUGGUUUAUGCACACUCUUGUAUGUCUAUGGAGAUUCCCCAACAUUAGCGAAUGGCCCAGUUGGAAAACUACGCUCUAUUUUAGUAGAGAUUGUGACUCUUGUGAUACCACAGCGAUUUAUUGAUGCUGCUUAUGAUAAACUUUACAAUGUUUUACAUACUAGGAACCAGGUCCUGCAGUUUAUAUUUGCUGUCAUUGUGUUGUUGGGCCAUGCAGUUUGGGUGAAAGAUAUGCUGCCAAUCCUUUACCUGUCGGACCCACAUGCCAACCAUACUUUCAUGCCCAUGGUGGUCGUCUUUACUAACUUGUUCUUCUUCCAUAAAAGUUGUUCUUCUGACCCAGGGGAGAUCACUCAAGCAAACCAGAGGUUUUAUUCCCAGGUAUACAAAUUUGACAUGAGAUUAUAUUUACCUAGCAGGAUCUGCUCAACAUGUGAUCUUCAAAAGCCAGCAAGGUCAAAACACUGCAGUAUUUGUAACCGCUGUGUACAUCGUUUCGAUCACCAUUGUGUCUGGACCAACAGUGAUGUAGGAGGUCUUAACCAUCGCUACUUUUUGUUGUUCCUCCUGACUUUGCUUGGAAUGGCAAUGGAAGGAGUGGCUGUCGGAGGGUGGAGCCUCUGGCUUUACACACAGAACACUAGACUCCUGGAGGCCCGUGUCCUAUUGGAUGAUGGAGAAACAGUGCCUGUUAAUAUUUCUGUUGUUAUUCAGCACCUGUUCCUACAGUACCCUCGUUUGGUGUUCCUGGUUGUUGCCUUAGUCGUUCUCAUUCCUAUGAUUGGAACCUUUGCUGUUUAUCAUACAUACCUUGUUUUAACCAAUCAAACAACAAAUGAAAGAUACAAAACUCCAGCUGUGGAAUACUUACAAGAUGACCAAUACAUUUCUAAUCAAAAUGAUAAAAUUUCCAAUGAAAAAUUAAACAGAAAACACAAAAAGAAAUAUGCCACCAGUUGCAUCAAUGACAGACCUUACCAUAGAGGUUUUCUCAGGAAUAUUCAGGAAGUAUUCUUUUUAGAUAAUUUGAAAAUAUCCAAACGAAAAUGAGUCAUUUUGAGAACAUUUAAUGAUAUUGAUUUAUAUGAAAUUUAUACUAAAUAUAAACAAGUUUAUGUUGCUGUUAUGUAUGAAGUACAUUGUCUUCUUAUUUUAUAAUGUCGACCUUUGACUCGGGACAUAUUUCUUCUUGUCAGAUCAGUGUACAGAAGACAUUUAUUUGGUUAUUGACACGAACAAAUCUAAAUCCAUUUUUUAAACCUAUUGCCAUUAUUUUGUUGUGUUGUUACUGUGGUUUGAUGUGAGCAGAAAGCAUGAGAGAACAAAAAAUGUUUAGUGUGAAAUACUGCAAAGCAGAUACAUGUUACCUCCCCUUACCUACUAUUUGUGUAGCACAAAAUAUCAUAUAUAUUCAAAGGUUACCCACAUGAUCUGUACUACUUUUCUUCCUGUUAAAAAUAAGAACUUGUGUUGUGAAAAUCUUUUGAAUGCAUGAUUGUUAUGUGAAACUCUGUUGGCUACAUGACUCUUUUUUUACUGGUAACAUAAUCCAUGUGUGGGCUGUGCCUUCAAAUGUUAUUUCAUCUAGUAUGAAAAUUAUAAUAUGAAAGCGUUGAAUGUGGGACGACACAUCUUAUUCGUUUGCUUUUUUAUGUCUGAUUUAAAUAUGAGGUUUGACAUUUUUACAGAUAUAUUUACAAGAGAGCUUAUUGUGUUUGGUGUAAGGUUAGAGUCUGGCUGUGCGUUAUCAGAUAUCAAUCCAGUAUGUCUAGACAGUGUAAUACUGCAGUGUCUGUAAGAUUCUGUUGCCUUUUUGUAGGAUUUUCAGUUUGAUUAUAUGAUUUGUUUAUGUCUUUGUAUAUGUUUCUAUUUAGUUGUAUGAUUUGUGUCUGUGUGAUUUGUCUUCGUUUUCUGAUCAUGUGAAUUGUCUGAUUGUAGGAUAUAAUGAUAAUGUAAGACAUAUUUGUUACAAGACCUGUACGCUCUAAUCGUUGAAAAAUAUUCUUUGCUUAACUAUAAGAUUAACUUAUACACAUUUCUGAUUUUAAGACAUGUGUGUGACUUAGAUAUAUUUUGAGACUUUUGUAGACACUUCAUCAAAUUAAAGUCAUGUAUUAUGUCAAAGAUGCUCCACCUGAAAACUGGAGCAAAAUUUCUUCUUCAACAUUCCAGUUUUACAACAAACUGAUUUGCCAGUAUAUUUAUGGAUUUUUUUUUUUUUAAAAAGAAUAAAAAUUAUUUUUGUGAAUA